GAGCUGCAACUCUCCUCCCAUCCUGUGCACAAGCUCAUUGGGCCCCUGCAUCUGACCCUGGAAGGAAGAACCUCUCGAGAUGUCUUCUAAUAAUGACCCAGUUGCAAUCCCAAUGAUAGAAAGAAAUCUCAAUGACCUUCCUGGAAUGGACACCAGUGGCCCGAAGACAUUGACUGGAGAGGCUGUGUUGAGUUUUCAUAACAUCAGCUAUCGAGAAACAGUGCAGAGUGGCUUUCCAUUUCGUAAAAAAACAUGGGUGAUAGAAAGACUAUCAAAUAUCAGUGGGAUCAUGAAACCUGGCCUCAAUGCCAUCAUGGGACCUCAGGACGGGAGCAGAUCUUUGUUAUUAGAUGUCUUAGCUGCAAGGAAAGAUCCACGUGGAUUAUCAGGAGAUAUUCUGAUAAAUGGAAAACCUCGACCUGCUAAUUUCCAGUGUACUUCUGGUUAUGUCCCACAAAAUGACAUGGUGAUGCGCACAGUGACUGUUAGAGAGAAUGUAGAGUUCUCAGCAGCUCUUCGAAUUCCAACAUAUGUAACAAGACAUGAAAAAAGAAAUCGAAUUAGUGAGGUCCUUGAACUUCUGCAUCUGGAUGGGGAGUCAAAUGUCAAGCCUAGAUCUAAGGAGCUCAGGAAGAGGACCAGCAUAGCAAUGGAGCUGGUCGCCGAGCAUCCCAUUUUGUUCUUGGAUGAUCCCACCAUGGACUUAGACUUGAGAACUACUACUGAUGUCAUCUCAGUCCUGAGAAGGAUGUCUAUGAGGGGACGGACAAUCAUCUUCUCCAUUAAUCAGCCCCCGUACUCCAUCUUCAGAUUUUUUGAUAGCCUCACCUUAGUGGCCUCAGGAAAAGUCAUGUUUCAUGGCCCUGCACAAGAGGCCUUGGAGUACUUCACAUCUGCAGGUUACAACUAUGAUUCCCACAACAACCCUGCAGACUUCUUCCUGGACAUCAUUAAUGGAGGUUUCUCUGCUAUAUUAGACACAGAGGAAGAUGGCCAUGAAGAUGACAAAUACAAAGAACUUUCUGGGAGACAGCACCAAGUCACAGAAAAUUUAAGCAAUAUGUAUACCCAGUCCUCCUUAUACAGUGAAAUGAGAACUCAACUGGUUUCACUCUUGGAGGAACAGAAUGCAGAGAGGAGCCCAGCCUUGGAGGAUGUCACCUGUGUCACCCCUUUCUGGCAUCAGCUCUGGUGGAUUAUCUGUCGGUCAUUCAAUAACAUCCAGGGUUUUUCAUGGGACACUGCGAUUCAGGCAUUUUUCACAAUCGUGCUGGCAGUGGUUUUGGGGACCAUUUUAUGUACCCUAAGAAAUACUUGUACUGAAGUUCAGAACAGAGCUGGCCUGCUGUUCUCCCUCACAGUCUUCCAGGUUAUCACAAGCAUAUCUGCUGGGGAGCUAUUUGUGAUCGACACGGAUCGAUUUCUACAUGAGCAUACCAGUGGAUACUACAGCGUGUCAUCGUAUUUCCUUGGGAAAUUGCUGGCUGAGCUGGUACCCAGGAGGUUAUUGCCAAGUAUUACAUUUACUGUUAUCGUAUUCUUCAUAGCAGGGAUAAUAACAGAUGCAAAGGGUUUCUUCACUAUGUUGUUUACUAUCAUGAUGUUGGCAUAUUCUACCAGUUCCCUGCCGCUGUGUAUGGGAGCAGGGGAGAAUGCAACAGCUGUAUCAACACUACUUGUGACAAUCUACUUUGUCUUCAUGCUGGUUUUCUCAGGUCUGGAAAUAUAUUCAGGAAGUUUAAUACCUGGGCUUUCACUCAUUCAGUAUGUUAAUAUUCCUCAUUAUGGAUUCACAGCUUUGCUUCACAAUGAAUUCUUGGGGCAAAACUUCUGUCCAGAACACAAAACAGCAGAAGUCAGUAGCUGUCAGAACUAUGUGAUAUGCACUGGUGAAGAAUUCUUGAUGAUCCUGGGCAUUGACCUCUCACCCUGGGGCUUCUGGCAGAAUCAUGUGGCCUUAGCUUGUAUAAUGAUUAUCCUCUUAUCCAUUACCUAUGUUCGGUUAUUAGCACAGAAGAAAGUAGAAGUUCUUAAGUCUGGCUGGAGGAAGUUUCAACAGUUGUUUAAAGAGAUGUGAUUCCAAACUAUUCUAACUACCUAUACUUAUAUUCAUGGACAAAUACUACAGCCAGCAUCACCCAGAUGAGAUUCCUACUGUAAUGAACUGUGAUGAGUGCAGAGACUUGUGGCUGCUCAAGGUACCAGAGUAAGUGACACUUGAGUGUUUCACCCUAAACAGGAUACCUAUGCCACACCCUCCUAAAGCUUACAGCUGUGGAAGAGGCGUGUAGAGAUACAGGACCCAGGAAAGGAGAAGAAGAGCUGGAAAUAUGGAUAUGGCACACAAUCCAUUUUCAACCAUGGUCUGUCUCAUAACACCUACAGCUACCUGCACAUGACAGGGUCUCUCAUCAGCACAGCAAUGGUUGGAGAGGGACUCAAUGGGACCAUACUCCCUUCUGCUAAACUAUUGAUACUGGUAGAUUAUGGAAGACAGGCAAUCACUGAUUUUACACUGACACUCAGAGGAGAGCCAGCUAGGCUCCAGUGGAUAGUCUAAAGCCCAGGGUUCCACAGACAGCUCUGCUUAAAUUUGGUGGAUCACAAGGUAAUACCCAGAUACGAAUGUGAGAAAGGACUCAUAAAGAGGGGCAUUUGAAGGGGUUGUAAAGGAGAUAGGAAAGUGGGAGGGAGUGAGAAUGGCUGAAAUGCAUUAUAUACAUAUAUUGAGUUUUCAGUUUUUAAAAACAUUAUUAUAAAUAUAAGAAGGAACUUUAGUGUAAAUCAUCUAACUAACAUUUUUAUAUAUGUUUUCUAUUAUACCUUAAUUCAUCAAUGACUAUUUCUUUUAAAGUUUACAAACACAACACAUUAAAUUAUAAGUAAAAGAAUCUUAGGCUCAAAUUAAUGUUAUUGAGUAUUGUAUGUUAGUUCAUUUCAUUGAUAAUAAUCAUUAGAGGCAAUGAAUCAAAUUGUAUGACCUGGAAAAGGAUAACUUGUCCCAGAAAAUCUUAUAUUCCUAAGAUCAUUUGUAUCAAUUUGUUCACUUUUACAGUAAAAACAUAAGUAUCAUCCUCCAAAUGUAAUAACCAAUAAAUCCUACACCAGCCAUUAUCUGCUCCAUAAGAAAUGUACCAAUUCUGUUUUAAA